UGCGCCCCUCGGGAUUGUUAUUGCGCGUGAAACGGCUGCUUUUGGAAGGCUAUUGCCCAGAAGAAAAGAUGUUUGGUUUUCACAAGCCAAAGAUGUACCGAAGUAUAGAGGGCUGCUGCAUUUGCAGAGCUAAAUCCUCCAGUUCUCGGUUCACUGACAGUAAACGCUAUGAAAAGGAUUUCCAGAGCUGUUUUGGGUUACAUGAGACUCGUUCAGGAGAUAUCUGUAAUGCCUGUGUCCUGCUUGUGAAAAGAUGGAAGAAAUUGCCAGCAGGAUCAAAAAAAACCUGGAAUCAUGUGGUAGAUGCAAGGGCAGGACCCAGUCUAAAGACUACACUGAAACCAAAGAAAGUGAAAACUCUAUCUGGAAACAGGAUAAAAAGUAACCAGAUCAGUAAACUGCAGAAGGAAUUUAAACGCCACAAUUCUGAUGCUCACAGUACAACCUCAAGUGCCUCUCCAGCUCGGUCUCCCUGUUACAGUAACCAGUCAGAUGAUGGCUCAGAUACAGAGAUGGCUUCUGGCUCCAACAGAACGCCACUGUUUUCCUUUUUAGAUCUCACAUACUGGAAAAGACAGAAAAUAUGCUGCGGCAUUAUCUAUAAAGGCCGUUUUGGGGAAGUCCUCAUCGACACACAUCUAUUCAAGCCUUGCUGCAGCAAUAAGAAAGCAGCUGCUGAGAAGCCGGAGGAGCAGGGGCCAGAGCCUCUGCCCAUCUCCACUCAGGAGUGGUGACUAAGCUUUAUGUAGAAGGGGAGCAAAAAUGAUUUAAAUUUUGGAAAACAAAGCAACAAAAUGACCCUCCUAUUUUUAAUUUGGAUACCUGCUAUUCUGCCAAAAGAUGGAUUUGUAGAAUAGUUUUGAAUGGGUUAUUUUUCCUCCAGUUCCACAAACUCUGAAGCCAGUGAAGCUUACUAAGAGAUAAAAAAGAAGUGUACA